CCACCGCACGCGCGACGACGAUGCGCUCGAAAGUCCUUGCGUCCCCGCGAAAACACGCCCUGGGCCCGUCCGCGAGGGCCUUUGCGACGUCCGCGGCGAGAUGCGACGAAAAACCGGUGCUGAAUCGCUACUCGAGGACCAUCACGCAGCCCAAGGCUCAGGGCGCGAGCCAGGCCAUGCUGUACGCUACCGAGGGCAUCAACUCGGACGCUGACUUUAACAAGGCCAUGGUCGGCGUCGCGAGCGUAUGGUACGAAGGCAACCCAUGCAACCGCCACCUCCUCGGCCUGGGCCAGCGCAUCAAGGCCUCGCUGUCCAAGGCGGACCUCGUCGGCUACCAGUUUGGCACCGUCGGCGUGAGCGACGGGAUUAGCAUGGGCACCCGCGGGAUGUCGUACUCGCUCCAGUCGCGUGACCUCAUCGCGGACCAGGUGGAGACCGCCGCGGGGGGCCACUGGCUCGACGGCAUGGUCGUCGUUCCUGGCUGCGACAAGAAUAUGCCCGGCGUCUUGAUGGCCCUCGGCCGGCUGAACCGCCCGGGCGUCAUGGUGUACGGCGGGACGAUCCGCCCCGGCUCGUGCGCUGGCGCGCCGCAGCUCGACAUCGUCUCGGCCUUCCAGUCGUACGGGAAGUAUCUCCAGGACGGCCAGACUUCUGAUGCGGAGACAGAACGGUACAACACCGUCCGCCACGCCUGUCCUGGUCCUGGUGCCUGCGGGGGCAUGUACACGGCCAACACGAUGGCGAGCGCCGCUGAGGCGCUCGGGAUGACCGUCCCGGGUUCUUCGUCGUUCCCGGCGGAAUACGAGGAAAAGUUGGAUGAAUGUAACUCCAUGGGCCAAGUCAUGCGCAAUCUCCUCGAGAAGAACAUCCUUCCCAGAGACAUCAUGACUCGCUCCGCGUUCGAGAACGCCAUGGUGUUGACGAUCAUCCUGGGCGGCUCUACGAACGCCGUCCUGCACUUGAUCGCCAUCGCGCAUUCGGUGGGGAUCAAAUUGGACAUCGACGACUUCCAGAGAGUGUCGGACAGGAUCCCCUUCAUCGCAGACCUCAAGCCUAGCGGCAAGUAUGUCAUGGAGGACGUCUACAAGAUCGGUGGCAUCCCCAAGAUUCUGGCUUACCUGCUCAAAAAUAACCUUAUCGACGGCGAUAACAUGACCGUGACCGGCAAGACUCUGGGCGAGAACCUGGAACGCUGGACACACAAGUACGGAGAACUCUCUUCCAGCCAAGACGUUAUCCGACCGCUGGAUAAGCCGAUCAAGGCCACAGGCCAUAUCCGGAUCCUGAAAGGAAACCUGGCGCCGGGGGGCGCCGUCGCGAAGAUCACUGGAAAAGAGGGCCUCGGUUUCACUGGUAAAGCACGUGCCUUUGACUCCGAGGAUGACUUUGUCCGUGCGGUCGAGAGCGGCUCGAUCAAGAAGGGCGAGAAGACGGUCGUCGUUCUCAGGUAUCUCGGACCGAAGGGCGGGCCCGGCAUGCCUGAGAUGCUCAAGCCCACGAGUCUGAUCAUGGGCGCCGGUCUCGGCCAGGACGUGGCUUGCCUCACGGACGGACGGUUCAGUGGAGGCUCCCAUGGAUUCGUCAUUGGGCACGUUGUGCCGGAGGCCCAGGUCGGGGGGCCCAUCGCGCUGGUCCAAGACGGGGACAUCAUUUCCGUCGAUGCCGUGACCAACUCUAUCGAGCUGCGAGUGUCUGCGGAGGAACUCGAGCAGCGCCGAAAGGCCUGGACGGCCCCUCCGCUCAAGGCGCACCAGGGCACGCUUUACAAGUACAUCAAGACCGUAGAAGACGCCAGCCACGGAUGCAUUACGGACGCCUGACAUGCUUCGGGCAAGCGUCCCAUCCUCUUAGGGGUAAAAAGUAGCGACACGGUGUAUUAGGAUCUGUCAGAUGCAUGUGGUAGGGACAUGUUCUGGCUGCGGUGCAAGUACACUCUAAUGUAAAACGUACACUAAGCUAUCGUAAAGGGGCUGGGGUGCUCCCGAACGGAAAGAAAACGGCGCCUGUGAAGAUGGGGUCACCCGCGUGAUGUCGCCUUCAAUUUCUUCUUCUUCUCUGCCUUGGGCAUCUUGGUCUUGCGCUUUUCGCGCUGCUCGACCUUGACUGCUUUCUUGCGCUCCUUUUUGGCUUCGCGGUCUUCGUGGCGAUGGCCCCGCGAUGGCCGGUCGACGAAUUCACCGUCCGCUGCGCUUUCCUCCCCAUCGUCGUUCUCAUCGGCAUCAUCGCCUUCGUCGUGUUCGUCGCUGUCCGACGGUUCCCCUGCCUCGGGAGUGUCGUCAAAGUGGACGGUCUUGACGGACUGGGGGUCGUCUGGAGAAGAGGGCCUGACGAGGCCGAUCGUAUCGGCGUAGAUGAGCUUGUUCCCUUCACCGCGCAGCACCGCGUCGACGUCUCGUUCCGGGUUGUACAACUCGUUUAGCGUCCGGGGGAUAUAUGACUUGCGGAACACCUCGUCUUCGUGUGCGGCGGAGGUCUCUGCCGCGGAUCGAGGGUCAGCAUCUGCGGUACCGUCGCCGGCUGUCGAGGGCUCCUCGACAGGCGCCUCUUGCAGCCACCGCUGGAGAGCUGCCUCGUCUCCUUCCUCAGACGCUGCCGCGUCGAGCUUCUCACAGGUCACGAAUUCGAAGCACCGCCGCAGGCCGAGGCACUGGAC